AUGGCUCGUUUUGAAUAUGGUAAUUAUGAUCUUCGACAAACAAGUAAUUUUGUUAACGUUCCUGAUCAUCCCGUAGCAAAAUGUAUGUAUUAUUUGGAUGUUGUUUUGGAUUUGGUAGAGUACGAAGAAAGCAAUUUGAACAAAUUACGUGAUUAUUCAAAUUAUGAUGAUUUAUCAGCACAAGAAAUUCGAUUACUCUAUGUUUUAUGUGCUGCCUUAAGUCCAGAUGAGUUAAUCAAUAAAUGUAUGUUUCAAAAUGAUACAUUAUGUGGCAAUUCAACAAAUAGAAUUUACGAACUUGGGCACACGCAAAAUCAUUUAGUUGUAGCAAAUUCGAUUCUGAUUGCUGGGAGAAAUCGCCGAGUGAAAUGCUUUAUGACAUUCAAACAAAUAUGGUUAUUGAGAAAUUAUAUUCAGCCAAUGUUAGAAAUGCCGAAUGAAAUUCAAAAACAAGCUCAAAUUGAGGCUACAGCAGAACAGUUAUCACAAGCCUGUACAAUUUCGUAG